AGUCUUUUUUUCACGCUUCAGUUUCAAGCUGUAGUCAAACUUGUGAAAGGUUUUUUUAUUUUUGUCCUUUUUUUUUAAAUUCAGAGUUUCGUUCUUUUCUCUUGCUCACUUCCCAUUUAAUGGUACCGUUGCAAAUCUAAGUUUGUUCUUUUUUUUGUAUACUAGUGACAUGUUAAACCUGCAGUGCCCUAACAAAAGGCUUUCAUUUACCAAUAAAGUAUUUUUAAACCAAGAUCUUGAGCAACAACACUCCAUUCAAGAGAAUGAGAAACUAUGAAGUGUAAAUAUCCAUUCAGCUUUCCCUGGUGAGCAACACCAAAUUCCACUUAAUAUAGAAGCAAUGCAGAAUAUUCAUGUAGGCAUGAUUGUUCACAUUGUGUGGGGACUGGGCAAAUGUCACCUUUUUCCAAACUCUCUAUGGGUGUAGUUUUCCUCAGUGCAAAUGGAUCCUUCAUCACAAAGCCUAAACAUUGACGCCUUGCAUCGACCAAUCCAAAGACUACCAAAAUGCAAGAAACAAAUCAGCACCACAGAUAAAACCUGUCAACAGCUGGUAAGCAAAGCAAACCCUUUUGUUCUGGUGUAAGUCAAGUCUCGCUGGUGUUAUUUUGCAACUUGAAGGUUAGUGUCAUUUAGUCAAACAUCGACUUGGUUGCCCUGGCUUUUUCAAAUCCAAUCUGAACAAUAUAAUUUCCAACAUUAUUAACAAACUCACUUCUGCCUUCAAAGGAGUCUGGUCUCUCUCUCCCCAGCCACUGGAUCACUUCAGUUUAGGAGGUCUUAGUCUCAAAUAUCAGCCAGUUCUACUGUUGCACUAAAGGAGAAGUUUUUUUUUCUGCCCCUUUCAAAGGUUUUUUUUUUUUUUUUUUUUUUGUAAGGAUGUUAAGAUGAAUCUCCGCAAUGGAUCUAUAUCUACAGCCAAAUGUAAACCACAUAGCUGCGAAACCUCCCAGUGUGGAACCCUUUUGAAAAUGUAGUAAAUUCACUUAGUGUUACCAAAAAGCCAGAACGCUCUCAAGCAUGCCGAUUCUAACACAGGAGACCACGUGGAGAAAGACAGCACCCUAUCAACCAACUUGGAAAACCUAUCAGUUUGGGUCAUUUGAGUUUUUGUAAAAUAAAACAUUUUGUCCCGUAUGCUGAGCUACAACAGUUUGCUGAUGGAAACUCUCAUUGCAGGCUGAAUGGAGGAAAGGGAGUUUGAUGGUUAAACGUCUUUGCUGAUCAGCACCUGUUGCCAUUUGGUGAUGCAUGAUGGUCUCCAGUAAGAUGCAGAUCUGAGCUAUCUAGGGUCUUUGGAGGCUGAGGUUCACUGAGGCUGAUGUUUGGAUGGAGUCCUGAAGCGCUACAGAUGAAUUGCUUUCAUUUAUUUUUCUUCAAUAAACUAUCAUUUGAAGUGAAAUGAACUUAUUUGUCUUUGUAUCUUAUUUAAAGUCCCACUAUAAUAGUGCUGCAUUGGUAUGGUCAUGUCAGUGCUCACUCUACUACAGGCUAAUUUAAUCAAAAAUCGCAGUUAAGCCACAUGGAACAUUCUUGUGCCAUUUUAAAGCAAUCACAGUUCCUUUUGUGUCAGUGAAAUGUCAAAGAGCCUUUAUGUUGGUUAUAUGGCAGACGUCCACUGGAGAACUAAGUUGCCGGGCUGAAUGGUCGUUGUAACAUCGGUGAAAAAGCAGAAGCGUGACGGAUGUGGGUAGCAUCUCAACACAUAGUGAGAGCUGGCGCACCAAGAGUGCAGCUAAAUCUGAAAGGCCCAUUGAGCCUAAAACUAUGAACCCCGAGGAGCAGACUGUUACGUGGCUAAUAACAUUAGGCGUGCUUAAUUCACCCAAAAAGAAUAUCGCUGAUCCGGAGGAAUUUCUGAAAACUUCUCUCAGAGAUGGGGUCGUCCUGUGUAAGCUCGUGGAGCGAGUGCAACCUGGAGCCAUCUUAAAGUACUCAGCUGAACCCAGAUGCGAGGCGGACUGCAUUGCAAACAUUCGAGAGUUUCUAAAAGGAUGCCAGUCUCUAAAGGUUGAGGGCUUUGAUCCAGAAAGCUUAUAUACUGGGGAGAACUUCAAUAAGGUUCUGUCAACACUCUCAGCAAUAAACAUCGCCACUCAAGAUUGUACCCCUAAUAGAUCAUGUCCACAGUCCAGUGCCUCUGCUCCUAGCCUGUCAGCCCCUUCACAAGCUGCUCCCACCUUAAAGUCCAGCAGGUCUUUACGGAGGCAGUCAAAAGCUGUGGAUAUGUCGGAGAAUGGAGGGGGCGGGCAGCUGGUGGUCAAGGCACGUUUUAAUUUCAAGCAGAACAAUGAGGACGAGCUGUCUUUCAGCAAGGGUGAGCUGAUCCAUGUCACACGCCAGGAGGAAGGUGGAUGGUGGGAGGGAACCCUUAACGGCAAAACCGGCUGGUUCCCUAGCAAUUAUGUCCGAGAGGUCAAGCCAUGUGAGAAGCCAAUUUCUCCGAAAGCGAUAAAAGGACUUGACGUUCCUCAGCUGACUAAAAAUUAUUACAAUGUGGUGGUACAGGACAUCUUGGACCAUGAGAGAGAGUUUGUCAAAGAGCUGCAGAUGGUACUGGGCUGCUACCUGCGCCCUCUACAGACCAGCGACAAGCUGUCUAGUGCGGACUGCUCCAGUCUGAAUGGGAAUUUAGAGGACAUCCUCUCGUUCCAACAGGGACUGUGUCUUGCCUUGGAGGAGUGCUCCAAGAUGCCAGAGGGCCAGCAGCGGAUUGGUGCCUGUUAUCUGAACCUGAUGUGUCAGAUCAGAACGCUGUACUUGUCCUACUGCUCAAGCCAUCCUUCUGCAGUCUGUGUGCUGACUGAUCACAGUGAGGAGCUGGACAAGUUCAUGGAGAGUCAGGGUGCCAGUGCUCCUGGUAUCCUGACCCUCACCACCAGCCUGAGCAAACCCUUCAUGAGGCUCGACAAGUACCCCACCCUCCUGCAGGAGCUUGAGCGACAUGUGGAGGAAGCGCAUCCAGAUUACAGUGACAUUCUCAAAGCAACAGUUGCUUUUAAAAAUCUUGUGACUCAGUGUCAAGAUUUGCGAAAAAGAAAGAACCUGGAGUUGCAGAUCUUGUCAGAGCCAGUGCGGGGCUGGGAGGGCGACAGCAUGAAGUCACUGGGUCAGGUGGUCUACACGUCACAGGUCCACAUCCAGAGCAGUUUAAAUGAGGAAAAGGAAGAGCGAUACUUCAUGCUGUUUCCCAAUGUGGUAGUCAUGCUGUCUGCCAGCCCAAGAAUGAGUGGUUUCAUUUACCAGGGACGUCUGCCAUUGACUGGAACCACUGUAACCAAACUGCCAGAGGAUGCAGAGACAGGCUAUUAUGCUUUUGAGAUCACAGGGGGGACGAUAGAUCGCACCACAGUGUUCUGCAGUAGUGCACAGGAGCAGCUGGAGUUGUUGGAACAUCUUCAUGCUUACACCAAGGAAGGGAGUCCAGUCGGAACAAUAUUAAAGAGUGUUGAUGGUAAGCCUACAACCAUGGCUAGCACGUCAUCCCACCACUUGCACAGUUUCGGUACUGCUGCGGCUAACCGAGGCCCUCUCGAACCCCCCAAGAUCACCAAGCCAUGGUCCUUAAGCUGUCUGAGACCUGCGCCGCCCCUCAAGCCCUCCGCUGCGCUAGGGUAUAAAGAGAGGAUGUCUUAUAUCCCGAAGGACUCUAGUAAAAGCCCCAGAACCAGAUCCAAGUUCCUUCCAAAGAAAAAAACGGAGAGAAAACCAUCAGAUGAUGAUUUCCUGUUUAGAAAAAGCACAGCAGCUCUAGAGGAGGAUGCCCAGAUACUCAAAGUGAUUGAGGCCUACUGCACUGGAGCCAGUCUCCACCAAUCCACCACAGCUGUUCGUAAGGAGUGCAUUCCCCAGGUCCUGCUUCCAGAAGAGGAGAAGAUUAUUGUUGAGGAGGUCAAGAGCAAUGGCCAGACGAUCAUUGAGGAAAAAAGUCUUGUUGAUGCUGUUUAUGCUCUAAAAGAUGAAGUCCACGAAUUAAAAAAGGAGAAUAGAUGGAUGAAGCAGUGUCUGGAAGAGGAACAGAAGUCCCGUAAGGAGCUAGAGCGUAUAGUGAAAAAGUUGGCCAAGCAGAAGAAUGACUGUUCCUGGGAUGAUGGAGGUCACUAAAGAACACUCUCCUGUUUCCCCUCGCCAGCUGCAUGUAUGUGUUUCUGUGUCUGUGUGUCCUCACAAAUGUGUUUUUAUGUGUGUUUCCAUCACAUUACACACUGAACAUUGUUUUUGGAAAGUCACAAUGCUGGGAAUUUUCAGCCAUUUCUCAUCAAAUGUUUUUUUUUUUUUUUUUUUUUUUUGGACAAGAUGCAAUGAGAAUAUCAACUCUGUGAUUAGUGACUGUUUUUCUCGCCAUACUGAAGAAUAUCACUGUGCGGCUUGCUUCACGUUCCUGUGGUGUGACAUUCUGAGAACAAAAUGGCAACUGUUCUGGAAGACCAAGUUCACUGCUUAUUAAGUAUUUUGUGAUUUGCAAAACUUGAGAUAACUGUCCAUUUUUCGCUCCGGUUCACUCAACGCUCCAAGAAGAAUCAUCACAGAAAAGAUGGUGGAAUCUCUUGUUUUUCGAACUGAACAAAUAUCUGCCUCACUUUAUGACUGUUACUUGUCGUGGACAAAAGAAAUUCGAUGACAUUCAGCCCAUGAACAGCAUUCCGACUCAAGCCACUAUUGCACAAGUGAAAAUAUUCUGUUAAUGGCGUAAGAGAAGAUAUUUGUGGCUGAACAUUGCAGGACUCCACAGUAUCCACAAGUAUUGUUCUUUUCAGUUCUAUUUCUGCUUUUAAAAUGUGAAAACGAUUGCUCGAGGUAACUUUUAGGUCACAAAUGAACAAGAUUGAGAUUUGUAGUUUGCACCUGAUUGACAUGAGAUGGCCAACUUGCCAUCUUGAAAUGAGUUUGCUUUUUCUUUUUAUUUUGAGUUUCAUCAGCAUGGGUACACAGUAUUUCUAAAACAGCCAUUAUGUUACAUAAUCCUGCUUCUGAUAAUCAUCACUAGUUUAAAGCUAUCAGGGAUAUAGAUGUCAGAAAUAGUUGAGUUUAUAAUACUAUACUAAUACUAAACAUCAUAUAAUGUAUGUAUAUCAUAUAUACAGUAUAAAUAUGUAUAUAUCAUAGAUGUUAUGGCAAAAGGAACCAUUUAAACUUUUUUUAAUGAUAACAAAACUUCAUUAGGAAAUGUUGUGCUCCUUUUUCAGAGGCUUGAAACUAUUUCAUAUGAUCUUAAACCAAAAAAAUAAUAAUAAAAAAUACAGUAUGUUUGUGGGUUUGGUACUAGGAGCCCUUUCAGGACUCGAAAAUCAAGUGUAUGUAGAAGCAUAAAGUACUUUAGGCACUGACGCAUAUUUUAAAGGCUCAUAUUAGAGUGAGAAACAAAUGUGGUUAGAAGCCAAUUUUUUUUUUCAGCAAACUGCGCGCCAUCAGCAAUAGAGCAUAGGGUAGCACCAUAUUUAAUUUUUGACAGGACUGAAAUCGAGGUUGUGAGGGAUAGAAGUACAGUGCUUUCAAUGGAUUGUACUGUCGUUGAACAACAUACCGAUUAUUCAGCUGACAAAACAUCUUUCUGAAGAAACUUCCUGUAGACAGUAGUUUGAAUGUUGUGAGUUGUGAAAAAUAUGAUCUAGGAUCUUUAUACAGUGGAUACCAUGGGAAAGACUGUACAUCUAUCCCUCACAGCCUCGUUUUCAUUCACGUUGAAUUCAAUAUGGCAUCUAACCUGACUAAAUUCUGUUGCACUGGAGGUGCAUUUUCUAACUCAUUUGUACUCUGGGUGCCAUGCAUGGUACAUAUUUUCUUCUUGAACACUUGCCAUUUUAACUGUAACAAGUUAAAUCAAAUGAAAAAGUCAUUACACAGACAGUUACACAAUUACAUUGUGUCUGGAGUGCUAAACCUUUCUUUCUUAACUAAUCAUUACAGAUCAUAACUGUGACUAAUCUUUUCAUUCGCUGUGGAUCAGAGAUGUGAUCUCUAUCUUAAGCAGUGAAGAAAUGCAUGCAAAGAGCUGUAAAGAUAAGCAAAACCUGGGUGGGGAUUUUUUUUUUUUUUUGUCUUUUUAAACCCACCAGCAGAUACCUCCGGAGCAUUGCUGUGGCAAUUCAAUGCAAUAUGCAACUGGUUUGUUGUUACAAUUGCUGUGCAAGAGCCAGUUUUUCUCUUGGAAGGAGUAUACUGUAUAAUAUAUUCUUCUGAUUAAGCAAUAAGAUGUGCUCUGAGGUACACAAAUAUAAUGCUGGUACUGUGGUACUGUGUGUUAAUCUGUUUCCCGUUUGUGUGCGUGUUUGUUUUUGCGGCAAUUAACCUUGCAUGCCAAGAUGUUACACAUAGCCUUAAAUAUUAUUUCAAAGUGUUAACCCUGAUUGUAUUGUUGUUGUUGUCUUGAAAUUUUAAAACAUCGGUCUAAAAUGUUGACAUCUACAUUGGUAAAUGUGAUAUUUCUGAUGGUCUGUUUAUGUGUGUUAUUAGAAAGAGAGACUGAUUUGAUCAGUAGGUUAUGUAAGUAUGUAUAGUACCAUGUGGAAACAUGCUAUUUGCUAUAGGUGGCUACUGAUCUCACUGAAAGGAAAUUCACUUUUGUCCUCCUAAUGUAUAGCAUUCAUCCUAAAAAUGAAAGCACUUUCAGGUGUUCAUAAGGGUUGAAGAAUGCCCACAUCAGUUUCCUCUUAAAAGUGCCCAUGUCUGCAGAACAAAAAAGAUGUUUUAUUUUUGCGGAGCUGAUCUAUGCAAUAUAAAUGGUGUAUAUAUAUAUAUAUAUAUAUAAU